AUGCGUUUCCCUGACCGCACCACGCCGAUCGGCCAAAUGAUCAACGCGUACUUGACUGGCGCGAGCGAACAGGAAGACCACGUCAUCCACCUGCUCUUUUCAGCUAACCGCUGGGAGGCUGCCGCCAAAAUCAAAUCACUUAUUGCCGAGGGGACUACCGUUGUUAUUGAUCGUUAUUAUUAUUCCGGUUGCGUCUACUCAGCCGCAAAGGAUAAUCCGUCUCUUUCGCUAGACUGGGCUAGGCAUCCCGAGGUGGGACUGCCGCGGCCUGACGUUGUUGUGUUUCUGGAUAUUUCGCCUGAGAAGGCGGCCCAGCGCGGCGGCUUCGGCGUCGAGAAGUAUGAAAACUCGAAGAUGCAGAAGCGUGUCCGGGAGUUAUUCGCCGACAUAAAGACACUCCAGCAGGAGGGUCAAGACUUUGUGACUAUUGAUGCUGGGGACACUGAAGAUGAGGUCGCAAAGAGAGUUGAGGAGGUCGUUUUAGAAGUGGUCAAGAAGGUGGACGAGAUGGGUAGUCCUUUGAGACUCGUGGAAUCGAUAUGA